AUGGACGACUACCUCUCUACGACCACCUGGAUGACCCUCUCUGGACGACCCCCGACGACCACGCUACGACCACUCUACGACCACGCUACGACCACGCUACGACCACGCUACGACCACGCUACGACCACGCUACGACUACGUUACGACCAAUCAGCUGACACGGCGGAGGAAGAGGAGGAGGAGGAGGAGGAGGAGGCGCAUCUCCCCACCACGCCCCCCCUCACCACCACCACCACCACCACCCCCCGGCAGCCCCUCCCUGUGCCCCACCGGAACCAAACCAGCAGAUUUUUCUCGUUCAAUUCUGGAUCACAAACUUUAGAUCUUGGCCUGAGCUUCACCGUGCCCUUCCUGUCAAUCCCCGUGGGUUCUCUACUCUCCCUGGGGAACACCCUGUCUACCACCACCAGCACCGCCGUCACCUCCCUUAUGGACAUCAACUGGCCAGCUGUCCUCUUCAUAGGCGUCGCUGUUCUUGCUGCGUCUUUUCUUCUGCCUAAGAUCACCAGUCUCCUCUCUGCCCUGGUGACUGGUGGACUGGUGACUGGGUACUCUGGCGCCUCCUCCUUCCCUGGGGGUUCCUAUGGGCGUGGUAUUGAUGUUGACCCCGUGACCUCCAUAGUGACCCAGAUUGAGGAAGCUUUGGCCCAGUAUGACCUCGACGCCUCCUCUUGUAUCCAGAGAAGCGUGUGUUCGUUCGUGCAUUCGUCAGGAGAGAAAUUACGUAGCGGGGAGCCUGACAGCGCGGCCCUCCUUGCUGUGGGCUUGGCGAAAAACAAGUGGCUGACGAACAUUAUAGGCGACAACACUCUCACAAAAGCUGCAACAUUUGGCCAAGAGCAAAAUCAGGAUUGUUCUCUCCAGUACCCAGAAUGCCCUGUGUCCUUGCCUGAUGUCGUCCGUGGCUUGAUGUCCGUGGUCACCUGAUGCGUGGGAGAGGCUGGGAGAGGCUGGGAAGAGCUGGGAAAGGCUGGGAAGGGAUGGGUUUAGCUGGAAUUAGCUGGCAGAAGCUGGGAGACACUAGGGAAGGCUUAAAAGGCUGGGAGACGCUGGGAAGGCUGGGUUAAGCUGGGAGAGGUUAGGAGAGGCUGGGAGACGCUGGGUUAAGCUGGGAGAGGCUGGGAUAAGCUGGGAAAGUUGUUUUAAAUCUUCGUUUCUUGUUUUUAUGUUGUUGUUGCUGUUGUUGUUAUUUUUACUACUACUA